UUUUUUAAACCGGGUUGGAGAAUUUCUGCAAUAUUUUGGUGCGAAGGAUUCAAAACCCUAAUAUCUGAAGAGGUCAGGGUUCCUCAGAACAAGGAAUCAGAAUCCUAAAAACUAAGAGCUAGGGUUUUCCAGAGCUUGAAUCUAUCGAAAAUGGAGAGUGCCCUAGCCAAUGCUGCUUGUAUAUCGGAUCAGAGACAGAAGAUCGAGCAAUACAAGCUCAUAUUAUCAUCGGUCCUCUCAUCGAACAAUGUCUCUCAAGCCAAGGGGUUCAUUGAUCACAUGGUUUCGGAUGAUGUUCCAUUGGUGGUCUCAAGGCAGCUGCUACAAGCUUUUGCCCAAGACUUAGGGAGGUUAGAGCCAGAGACUCAGAAGGAGAUAGCUCACUAUGCCCUUACUCAGAUUCAACCUCGGGUUGUCUCGUUUGAAGAACAGGUGUUGAUCAUCAGAGAAAAGCUUGCUGAGUUGUAUGAAUCUGAAGAGCAGUGGUCAAAAGCAGCUCAAAUGCUCAGUGGCAUUGACUUGGACUCUGGAAUCAGGAUGCUUGACGAUACAUACAAGCUGUCAAAAUGCGUCCAAAUUGCUCGUCUUUAUCUCGAGGAUGAUGAUGCUGUAAACGCAGAAUCUUUCAUUAACAAAGCUUCUUUCUUAGUGAGCAAUAGUGAGCAAGAAGUAUUGAAUUUACAAUACAAGGUGUGCUAUGCUAGGAUCUUGGAUUUAAAGCGGAAGUUUCUGGAAGCUGCACUUCGUUACUAUGACAUUUCCCAAAUUGAGAAGCAUGAAAUUGGUGAUGAGGUUAUUGAUGAGGAAGCCCUUGAGCAAGCUCUGAGUGCGGCCGUGACAUGUACAAUCCUGGCUGGUGCUGGUCCACAACGAUCUCGUGUUCUGGCAACUCUAUACAAGGAUGAGCGGUGUUCAAAGUUGAAGAUUUAUCCAAUAUUACAGAAGGUCUACCUUGAGAGAAUUUUGAGAAAGCCAGAAAUCGAUGCAUUUGCUGAAGAACUCAAACCACACCAGAAAGCUCUUUUACCUGACAAUUUUACUGUUCUGGAUCGUGCAAUGAUUGAGCACAAUCUUCUAAGUGCAAGCAAACUAUAUACAAAUAUUAGUUUUGAGGAAUUAGGCACCCUGCUUGGUAUUCCCCCACAAAAGGCUGAGAAGAUAGCUUCACGGAUGAUCUAUGAAGAUAGAAUGAGGGGAUCCAUUGAUCAGGUCGAAGCAGUCAUACACUUUGAGGAUGACACGGAAGAGCUUCAGCGGUGGGAUCAACAGAUAGUGGGCCUCUGUCAAGCUCUCAAUGAUAUCCUGGAUAGUAUGUCAAAGAAGGGUGUCGCCGUUGCUGUCUGAGCUAAUUUCUCAGUAGGAUUUAUGGAACAGUGAGAUUAUGGUUUUUGGAGGUGGUACAUAUUGGCAUGGGGUUUUCUUUUGUAGAAAGUGGUUGUAUCUAAUGAGCAUUUGCUUGCUGUUUGGGAAAACGGGGAUUGGUUCCUUUUUUGAGUUACAUUACAUUCUGAUUUCUAAUUCCCGUGGGGUCGA